GGAUUGCGAGGUGUAGUCAUGGUGAAGCUGAGAAUCAUUUGUACAAGUGUGCAUCUCUCACGUAAACGAUAAUCAUUGCCUAAAGAUGCAAUUUUUGCACGAAGUUGAUAAUAUUUGUAACGUGUCUUUUUCACGAAGCUAAUUUUUUUUUUGGCAUGAAGCUGAAAAUAUAUAUAUUUUCCUUUAUUUGCAAAAUCAUUUAUACAAGAGUCAUUACUGACGUGUGUAUAAAGUGUGUACACAACAAGGAACAAUGAGCGUGCAUCUUAUAACAGUCAAGUAAUUUCUUGACACAGAAGCAGUGUGUGUAUACAGCAGUGGUGAAGCUUACAAUUAUGUGCGCGUGUAUAAUUCUUGAAUAAGACUGCUUGUGGACACAAGUGGAGCAAGAAAGAUCGAGCGACAGAGUUGAGAAAUUCUGAAAAGUAGAGCCAGGAAGUGAAUAAAAUGGCAAUUACUUUUAAUACUGAAAAAAAACAACUAAUCUGACUCAAUCUUAUCAGACGAUUGAUCCCACUUCACAGCAUAAAAACUCAACUGUCCUUAUAGAUGAAAAUAUGAAAUCAUAUGUAUGUAUAUAUUUUAAUGAAGUACUGUCUCAUUCGCGUUGCUGUUUUACUAAUCUACUAUUUCUGGACCAGAUUAGUUUUUUUAACAGAAUUCCAAAAUGGCGCUGAUAUCGGCUGAACCUACUAUCUUCAUGUACAUGGCAUCUUAUGGGAUUUUAAUAAUCUUAAGCCAGGAAUUCAUCUUGUCUCGUCUGUGUUUUGAGCAAAUUGGAGACCCAGACUGUGGGAACAGCAGCGCCCAUUCAGCGUCCUCUCAGACUUCCCCCACUUCCUUCACCUCGCCUCUUCACCUUUACCCGAAUCCCGAAGAAGAAUGGACACCCUUAGGAGUUACAGCGGAUCAGAAUUCUAGGGUGCGGGAAGUGCAGGAGGAGGCUGUGAGGCUCUACAUGGGAGCGACCAUCACCCUCUCCAUAACCUCCAUCCUGUCAUCACAAUUUCUGGGACAUUGGAUGGACAGGUGUUCAAAAAAGGUCCUUAUGAUUGCACCCGUUGUGUGCAUGAUCGUGUGGGCGCUUGGAAUCGUGUUUCUAGCCACUUUUCCUCAGUUACCUAUCUACUUGAUCUUCAUCGCCAUCGCUAUUGGUAACAUCUCUGGCGGAUACGUGACUCUGAAGUCGGCGGUGACGAGCUACGUGAUCCAGAAAUCCUCGGAGAGCCAAAGGACAGUUCGGCUCAGCAUGUUAGAGGCAGCCAUUUUCCUAGGGGGCGCCGUCGGCCUUCUCUCGCUGCCCUUCCUCACGGACUACCUCGGGGCGACACAUGCUAUGCUUUUCUUGGGUGCGGAGGGUUUAGCAGUCAUUAACUUCCUGUACAUCAUAUUCAUCCUGCCCGACGAUGGAGGCCCACCCCAAAGAAGCAACGUCGGCGAAGCUGAAGUAAUCGCUCCUGGCGAAUCCCUUCCCCGUGACCAUAAUUUUGGCUCUUUUCAAGGGGCCAGGCAUUCUGUUCUGUCACUUGGCAGCCACAUUACCGCCAGCCGCCACACAGUCGCCGACAUCGUAGUGACGUUUCCAGAGGGUGAGGACUGUGGGGAUUGCCCCAACCUUCCAGCUAGUCCUGGAGGAGGUGAGAGUCGCUACGGCACUCCUCCCGAGCUCACUGUCAAGCCCGAAUCCCCGGACAACCAUAGUUCAUAUGGCACUUCCACUCCUGACAUGUUCUCGCAGGAGACAUACUUGCGUGCCCGCCAUGCCCUUAGCGCCGCCCUCGGAAUAGUAACGAGCGUAGCGGGAAUAUCUAACCCAGCCAGCAGGUAUGGGACACCUCCCGAAUACCCGUCAGACCUACAGUACGUCCCAAGUGAUUUCUCGGAAGACGUCGGAAGAUCUCGAUCACCGAUUAGCGUGCAGCAACGAUCUGCAAAAAUAGGUGAGGUAAAGACUGGUGUAGUAAAGGGAGUCUCCAUGCGUGAUGACUUCUUGACCUUAAGGUUGGGUGAGCGUGUCGGGUUCGAGCAAACAGUUGAUGAAGUGGACAGUGAAGAUCUCCAUAAAAUACAAGAAGCGCCGAACAAUUCGGACCAAGCUCCGGAAAUCAUUGCAGUAACUCAGAGCUUUUGCUUGACUUGUGAUUCCAGCCACGAUAGUGAGGAUCACCACAGUCAUUGUGCUGAUUCUUGUAUCAGUGAUGUUUCCCGCCCUUGCAUUGAUCAUUGCCACUCGGACGACUGGCUUGGAGACGACCAUUAUCCUGAUGGUGAUCAUUGCCGCUACGACGACCCGGACCGCGAUUACCGCCACAGCGAUGCGUGUGAUGGCCAAGUGAUUCCAUGCAUAUUUACUAAGCAUCGGCCUCAGAGGCCUGCUUCCACUGUGAGUCUUUAUCACGAAGCAAAUGCCAAAGAAGAGAAAGAAUUUGAAAAAUUAAAGGAGGAUGAAAGAGACACAGCGAUAACUCGAGCGAAAGGAGACAAAGGUGGACGAAAAGAUGGAGAUUUGGACCACGAUGGCAUUUUUGGACGUCUUCUUGAUGCUUUAGUAACAACUUUCCGGUACCGGCCAAACGGCAUCCGAAGCAUGGUCAUUGCGUCCGUCAUUGCCAACUUCUUUAUAUCCUUCGUUGUCCCAGCGGAAACGGAUGUCAUCUUCAUGUACGUGAAGGCCAAGCUUGGUUGGUCCUUUACCAGCUAUGCAACCUUUUUCGCUCUCAAGUGCGGCGUGGACGGCGUGGCCCUCCUGUUGCUGCUGCCCCUUCUGCGCCGCUAUCUGGGCCUUAGGAACGCCUCCCUCGGGGUCCUGGGAGGUCUAAGUCGUGCUACCUAUUUCAUUGUACUGGGCAGUGCCUACAAGCCCUCAAUGGUAUUUGGGGCUCUGGUGACUGCUGUCUUCGGACAAUAUCUGUUCGUAAGCGUCCGUGCUAUCAUGUCAAGCCUCGUAGACGAAAAUGAGCAAGGCCGAGUCUUCACAGUGCUGAGUUCGGUGGAUCAGCUGGCCCAGCUCUUCGGCUCCCUCGUAUAUGAUAACCUCUUCCCAGUCUUCCUCUCGAAGAACAUGCCCGGAGUCACACUCAUGCUGGCUGGUUUUGUCGCGCUCAUACCCACUGUCGUCUUCGGGGUCCUAUACUUCUCCUUGGACAAUGUCACAAGAAUGAAAACGACCGAGAAGAGCCCGCUGCUACCUGGCAACUAACUGUGUGUUUGUGUGUGGGUGUGUUUGUGUUUGUGUGUGUGUGUGUGUGUGUGUGUGGGUGUGUGUGUUUGUGUGUGUGUGUGUGUGGGUGUGUGUGUGUGUGUGUUUGUGUGUGUGUGUGUGUGUGUGUG